CACAUCGACCGAUAUUCGCCAGACUGGCUCCUGUGUUUACCAUUGUUUUCGCGUUUGUGGAGCGCCUUUUAUCGCUUUUUAUCCCGUGUUGCGAACCUCGUUGCCGUCGUCGUGGUCGCGUGAAACAGCGAAAAAGAGUGAAGCGGAACGAUCGUCCUUCCGUUGCGGGAUAACACAUUCCACUGCGUCACCGUAACCGUGCGAAAGCAGGCAGGCAGGCAGGCAAACAGACCGUGUGGUGUCGUCCGAAAUAACAGCGAAGUGUGCGCUGAUCGCCGUCAACGACUUCCCCGCGGACGCGAACGUGUGUAUGUGUGCGCGUGCUGGUGAUAAUAGUAAACGAAACGGUACCGAUAAAAGUGUUGGUAAGAUGAUUGUGUGAUUUUACCCGUGUGUGGGGUUGAACCACAAAGAGGCGAAAAAAAAAACACGUGAAUUAACACGCGCGAGAUAGCGCGCGCGGUACGAUUCGAGCAGUUUUGUAGUCCGCGGGCUACAUACAGUCUCCCCAGCCAGCCGUCUGCGGGCACACAAACGGCACAACGGAACGGGUGUGUGUGUGUGUGUGUGUUAGUUAGUGGGUAGUGUGGCUAAAGAUUAAAGCAAGCCGUGCAGUGAAAACACUCGCGUAAUAUCGUGACCGCAGAUAGCAGCCAGCGCAGACAGCAUCUUCCUCUUCGUGCGCCACAUGGACCGUCUUUGUGUGGUCCGUUCGUGUGUGCGUGUGUGUAGUGUGCAAGAUGAUGAUGAGGCUGGUGAAGUGUGUCCUGCCCGCUACUACUAGUCCCGUCCUACAUUCGAAAGUGUAGACCUCCUGCGAAGCAUACAAAUGUUGCUUUACACCGGGACCAUUCCACCCGCAACAGCUGAUCGACGUCGACGGAUGCACUUUCGCCGCUUGGUAGCGGAGGCGGUUCCAGGUGUGAACAAGGGCGGGAACCGGCGUACUACGGCACGGCUUACCGGAGUCUGAGAGCAGUCAAAAUGACCGAAUCGUUCCCGUCAGCGAUUGGCGGCAUCGGUAUGGCCGCCAUUAAGCAGCACCAGCAACAACAGCAACAACAACAGCAACAGCAACAGCAGCAACAUCAUCAUCACCAUUCCCAUCCCCCCCAUCAUCAGGCCGCCAUGUCGAUCGAGAAGCUGGUGCGCGUGGGAUAUUACGAGCUGGAGAAAACGAUCGGCAAAGGUAACUUUGCCGUGGUGAAGCUGGCCUCCAAUGUCAUCACAAACUCAAAGGUUGCAAUUAAAAUAAUCGAUAAAACGUGUCUGGACGAGGAGAACCUGGCGAAGACGUUCCGCGAAAUAUCGAUACUGAAGGUGUUACAUCAUCCGCACAUUACGCGCCUGUACGAGGUCAUGGAGUCACGCAACAAGAUCUACCUGGUGACGGAGCAUGCGGCCCAGGGCGAGAUAUUCGAUCAUCUGGUCGCGAACGGGCGCAUGAGGGAGGAGGAAGCGGCCCGCAUCUUUUCGCAGAUUGUGGCCGCGGUCGACUACUGCCACCGGAAGGGGAUCGUGCACCGGGACCUGAAGGCGGAGAACGUGCUGCUCGACACGGAGAUGAACGUGAAGCUGGCCGACUUUGGGUUUAGCAAUACCUUCGUCGAGGGCCAACCGUUGCGGACGUGGUGCGGGUCGCCACCGUACGCGGCGCCCGAAGUGUUCCAGGGCGUCGAGUACGAUGGGCCGAAGUCGGACAUCUGGAGCUUGGGUGUGGUGCUGUACGUGCUCGUGUGCGGUGCCCUCCCGUUCGAUGGCUCGACCCUGCACGAUCUGCGCAGUGUGGUGGUGGCGGGCAAGUUUCGCAUACCGUUCUUCAUGUCGCAGGAGUGUGAGCAGCUGAUACGCCACAUGCUGGUGGUGGAACCGGAGCGGCGGUACACGCUAAAGCAGAUUGCUCACCACCGGUGGCUCGAGCAGUACAAUUCCAUUCCGAUGCUGGAAGCGGGUGACUGUGGGAUGAUGGGUGUGGGAGGCGGCACGGUCAUAGGGCAGGUAGCGCCACGUGAGUCGGAAAAUUUGGACACGGUCGUGAUGACGCAUAUGCUGCAGCUGCCCGGACUAACCGCGGACAUGAUUGCGCAGUCGGUGCACGAAAGCCGGUUCGACCAUAUCUACGCCAUCUACAACCUGCUGGUGGACAAGCUGCGGCAGAAGCGGAAGGAGAAGGGCCGGCUGCAGCAUCACGCCAGCCUGGCGUACUCGCGCUCCCGCAAGACCAGUAUUACGACCGGCGUGGUCGAUCGGACCGAGGUCAUCAAGAACGAUUCGCUCGAACGGUUAAGCCCGCUGACGAGCGUCGGCUCAACCAUACUGAACAUAUCAUCCGGUUUGGCCGGAACGGAGGAGCUGGAGAAGUACGAUCUGGAGACGGGCGCAUCGACGGCCACCACACCAACCGCCUGCUCGCCCGGCACGGCCAAAUCGUCGGAAGCGACGACCGCCACCGGCGACCAUUAUCUGUUCCCGCCGAGCUGUGCGAACGGUGCGGGUGGCAAUACGCGGCGGCACACGGUCGGGCCGGGUGAUGUGGCCCACGAGCAGGUGCUGGUGAACCCGAACGUUGUGCCGAUCAGCUUCAAGAUCGGUGGCGCCGGACACGAACCCACGGUUCCGCCGACACCGAACGUACCGAUCAACAUUCCAUCGCUGCAGAACCAACCGGUACACAAUCUGACCAUCAAGGAUCAGCAUCUGCUGAAGCCGCCGACUGUGAUGGGUGCAACAAGCUCCUUUGGACGCCGGGCAUCAGAUGGAGGAGCAAAUCUGCAAAUCUACUACCCUUCGUCCUCUACUAACUUCCACGAUCAACAUCAUCCACACCAGCAGCAGCAACAGCAGCAGCAGUCGCAGCAGUCGUCCCAUCAACAGCAGUCGCAGCAAUCGCAAACACAGCAAGGCGUGGACGGGUCAGUUCCUGCCUCCCUUGGACCGCUCGGUGGUGGUGUAAACAGUUCCGCCAUGAUCAUGGACCACGUGAUGCUACAGACGCCCAACAGUGAGGGAACUGAUGAUUCGAACGAUGAAAUACAGAGAUACAUGCAUGGGCGCGGUUGCACCAAGCGCCAUACCGUCGGUUGCACCGAUGAUCUAUCCGCCGGCAAUGCGUCACCGAUGGAACCACCGCAGGCCCACUCUCCCGCACCCUCGUCCGGUGGCGGUGUUAGCGGAACGGCGGCUGGUGGUGGUGGUGGUGGCGGUGGAGGAGGAGGAGGCCGAACUCGACGUACCGGUCUGCUGACCGUCAUGGAACGUCCGCCCGUGAUAAGCCCGGACCUGAUACGGGAGGUGGAAGCGCGCAUGAACCGAGACUAUUUGCCACCUUCGCUGUUGUCGUCUGCGCCGGCCCCGUCGCCGGGUGCCGGACCCAACGGCAGCGGUCCGUCCGCACCGUCCGUCUCGAAGCACGAACCAGCCGGACCGUCGGUACUGUCGCCAGCGUCGAUACAGGCACCGCCCACCUUCCAGCAGCAUCCUGCGGCACAUUGCCAUUCGAGCCUGGCAGCAGGUGUGUUGGGUCCGGCCGGUCAGCCGGUUCCGACGCCACCGCCGGCCCAUCAGCAGCUGCAACAGCAGCCACCGCAGCAAACGGUGGUACAGUCGCAGAUCUGUAACAGACGGUACGCCACCCGCACAUGUAAGCUUCCGACGGUACAGGAAAUUGGCCGCUACAGUCCGGUACGCCGUGCGUCCGAAGGUUCCCGCAUAACGUCCCAGUUCCAGGGCCCGUUCCAGGAGUGUCAACAGCUGCAGAAAGGUUUGCACGCCGCCGCGAUAGCAGCCUCGCAGCAGCAGCGCAACAAUCUGCUCAUCACGCCCAGUCCUCCACUGGCGGACAAUUCCGUCAGCUUGCCCGGUUCACCGAUGCACUGCAAAGCGUUCGUGCAGGACGAUCGCACAACCUACCCGGACAUAACCGUACCGAACGAUGUGAUGCUUUCCCUUGUGCCGGGGCUGGAGAAGUUGGUGCAGGAGAACCGGCUGCCGAUCGAGGCGGCCAACAGCAUCCUGAACACACGCACAAUGCCGUACGAGGUCGGUCACCAGCUGGGGCUGGUGCGGGGCGGAACUGUUGGGACGGUGUUGACCGGUGGUGGUGGUGCGGGUAUGAUGGGUGGAACGCUGGAUGCAGGCCUGAAUCUGUUGCAGUUACAGCACAGCCAGAGUGUUUCACCGCUGAAUGCGACGCUACGGCAUGGUGGUGGUGGUGGUCUGGCUGGAUCUGGCUAUCCCAUGGCCGGACGGCCUACGGGCUUCCCGAUGGGAGGUAUGCAGCCGAGUUACGUAGGCGCGGGAGGAGGAGGAGGAGCUGGGGCCACAUUCGGUGCGUUUGGCAAUAAUCCGUACGGGUUCCCGAAUCUGAUUGCCGGAAUGUCGCCGGUGAAUGCUGCCUCCAGUACGGGAAUGUGCCAUCUGUCCGGUUUGGAGUACGCGGGUAGCAAUAGCAACAGUGGAUGCCCGUCGCCCGUUUACUAUGCCAGCGGCUGCUCCUCACCGAUCCUGCCCGGACCACCGGCCUCGAUCGUCAGUGGAUGCAGCGGGAACAUGGGCAGCGCCAGCGGGACCGGAUCGGCGAGUGGUGGAGCUGCAUCACCGAUGCAUCAGAUUACGCGCGGCCUCAGCACAUUGAACACGGGUGGUGGUGGUGGUGGUGGUGCGGGCAGUAUCACGAUGGCGGGUGGUUCCAUUACCCGUGGCACGUCGUCCGCCGCUGCAUCAUCCUUCCCGUCCGUCGCCUGUAACGAACCGCUCGAUCUAAGCAUGGACAUCGUGAACAGUGUGGAGAUUGAUUUUUCCGGCCGGAUAGUGGCGGGCUGCUACUCCGGCGCCACCACCCCGGUUAACUACUUCGAUCCGAAGAACUACGGGCUGUUGCCACCGCCACCACCGCAAACGAUGCGUAUCUCCGCCACGCCACCGACAUCGCCGAACAAUCUUUGCAUCAUACAGGAGGAACAUUCGACGGGCGCGUCGGGGUCGGCACCGUUCAAGAGCCAUUCGGCAAAUGCAUCGCCGGAAGAUCUUAGCUUCCAGCACACGCACCCACAGAUCUGUCUGACCGAUGUGCAGGGCAGCGAGAUCACGCUGGUGGCGCUGUCCGACUCCAGCCACGGCGACAGUGACGAUUCGCUCAACUGCCAGACGGGCAGCAGUGCGACGACGAGCGGGCUCGGCUUUUCGGGGCUGCUCAUCACGGAACCAGCGAGCGAUAUGCCUUCGAUAACGCGCGGUGUCGGGCGGAAGGCAAGCCUGGACACGGAGAACAACUCCACAGCGACAACCACCUCGGCCAAGCUCGAUGCGUCCGACAUGAGUGAAUCGUACGUGCGGCGGGGCAGUGACAAAUCGCUCGGCUUUAGCGAUGACAGCCUGAGCAACGAUUCGAACCACUCGAACCUCUCGCCCAGCCAGGAACCGUCGGCCGCCAGUUCGGGGUUCAAGAGUGCGGACUCGAACUCGGAGCAGGACGGUGCGCGCCUGAGUCCGGAUUCGCUGUGCGACAGCUCGAAGCACAGCUCGGACGAGUGUUACGAGUUGCCGCUGCCGCAGGAAUGUUCGUCGCUCGAUUCGGUGCGCAUACUGGAGAUGGUGAAGCGCACGCUAGACUCCACGAUGCCACCGAAGGGUUGCGUGUACGGUGUGGCGGGUGGGAGCGGAUACGGGGCCAGCAAAAUGGUCGGUGCAGAUCCGAACAGCAACAGAGCGGCUGGCACGGGCAUUGCGGGCGAUGAGGCUGGGGGAAGAUCGCAUCAGCUGACGGGUAACGGCGGUGAUGGCGCAAGCGGUCCGUCCAGUCGGAACGGUUCCGGUGCGGAUGCGCGCUCGAACCUUAGUCUGGAGUUUUCUGGCGGGCUGCAGAUCGAGCUGCAGGUGUACGAGGGCCGCAACAGCAAGGACAGCAAUACUAGCAAGGGCAUUAAGCUGCGGCGGAUCUCGGGCGAUCAGUACGAGUAUGGGAAGCUCUGCCAGCAGCUUAUCACCUCCCUGACGGUGUAGAGACGGAAUCGAGUGUUUAAGUUAAUGGAUUUUUAGUGAUUUUUUUUCUACUUUCUUCUGUUAAAUGCAAUCUUUAGUACGAAUUAUCCGGAAAACGCAACAUGCGUUUAGCAGCAGCACACACACACACACACACUUCCGCCAAACAUGUUGCGGAUUGAUUGUAACAAUGUUUUAAUCUCACCGGGUUACGAUUAGUUCAAUUGUUCUCUUGUGGAAACAAGACUAAUGGUUAAGACGCGCCAGCCGAGGCCACCGUGCAGGAGUAGUAUUUGGUUCGUUAAUUUAUUAGGCUUAUCAUUUUAAACCCGAUUUCAGACCAAUUUUAUAGCUGCCUAAUGGGCCGGGACGAGCCCGAGACCAGCAGCACUAAUAGGUAUGCCUUAAUUUUGCCGCCGCGGGUUGACGAGGAUCGCCGUUCGCCUUUCUUUGCCCGUUCGCCCGCAUUCCCCGCAAAUAGUUCAGUAGCUAGAUUGUAUCCUUGCUCGUACGUGUAUAGUAUUGUUAAUGGUUAAGCAACGUGGUAGCAGCGUAUCGGUACGUACCGAUGACCGGGGCAGCAAGCGUGUGUGCUGGUGGACGACGACGGUGUGUUGCUCCCUUCUCAAGAGUGUCGCUAGCAAUAUUUUGGGGUAGCCGUUUCAGCAAAACCGAUGUGACAGUGUUGUUGAUUUGUUUAAACACACAAAACAAAACUCAUUAGAAAUUGGUUGAACCACACACGGGCUUAGUAAGAGAAGGGACAGGUUAGGCAAACUUAGUUAUGACUUUCACCCUCAGCAGCAGCAAACCUUCUUGCGAGUAGACUGGCGUAGACAACCACUCAGUUGCAGCCGUUCGCCACUCUCGAAGACUCUUUACUCUAUCGGUUGAGGUUUGAUCGAUGCUCAGCUAUCUAAUAUGUUGUGUUCAAACGAGACGGCCGCAACGGUUGUGCUGCAUUCGUUGAUACAGAGACGUUCCAUUAUAGCAAAAGAAAGGUGCAAGUGUCCUACUACUACUUAUACUAUGUCGUGUCGUGUAUGAUCGGUUCUUCUGUAAGCUGUCGAACAAGUGUGCGUGUUUGCGUCUCAAGACGAGCCUUACCGCUCGUCGAUCGUUUUCUAUUUUCGUUGUUCGUUGUACGUUGUUCGCCGUAAAGUUUAGGUCUUAGAUAACUUAGGGCAAGACUAAAGGGGCGCGAAGCGAAGCACUAACUAUACAUUCGAAGAAGAACGGAGACACCGGUGCCGUUUGUAAAUGCAGUCGGUGUGUGCGUGCGCGACAGAGAGAGAGAGAGAGAGAGGGAGAACAAGUAGCGCGUAGGGACUAACAAAAGGGGAAACAAAUCCAUUCUGAUAACCGUGUGAUGUGAUGUGUCCUGGAUCACAAAACUGAACCAAUAUGUGCAAUUUCUACAAGCGAAUACAUUCCAAAUGUUUGUGUGUGCGUGUGCGUGUUACAAUGAUGCUCGUGGUGGUGUAGUGGUGGUGUUGAUUGAGUGAUGAUGCAAACUGAAGGAUCAAGGCGUUAAAGGAUAGUAAUUUCAAAUGCAAUGGAAAGAGAAGAUGUUAAGAGACAGAGACGGAGGACAAAAGCAAACGGACAUUCCUUAUUUAAGUGGCUUUUGCGUAAAAUCGUCAGUCCCCCUCCCCCGGACCAGGUGAUCCUUCUUACAAUUAUGGGCCCAAUCCACCUCUAUAAUGACAUGAACUGGAUAUCCUCAGAAGUAAAAGCGAAAUCAUAAGGAACAUUAGAAUAUUUGGCGUCACUGCUGCCUACUAGUAGAGCAGCCAAUGGGAGUUAGAUACUAUUUUUAAGCGAGGCGUUUUCUCUGUCACUAAUAGCCACAUCGACAACGAUGAAGCUUGUCAGCUCUUGAAAGCGCUAUUUUUUACGAUGGUACGACGAUUUUAAGCCUGAAGGGCUCUGUGGCGCUAUUGAUGAAAGCCGAAUGAAACGAUCUAUGUCUGAGCAAUCGCUUAAAAUCGACAUACGUAUAGGGCCUAGAGUCCUCCUCUUCUGUUUUAUUACUGGGGAUUUCCUUCUUGUUUAUCGCUUUUCGAAUAUCCAUAACUUCGAGCAUAUUUCGUACCACUUUCUGAAAUGUAAGAGUCGAAUACCUUGGGUAACUGCGAAUCCUCAUCAACUGCGAUGAAGAAUGGCAAUUGGUCUACGCGUCGGGUACGACCUAUGGAAGCCCAACUCUAUCAAAGAUUAUCUAAAACGUUUUUUUUAUAGCUGAAGGCGACCCUGGGUAGAAUCAAGUAACAGGAACCAGAAAUGGCAGGCCGAGACCUCUCAAGGUUGUAGAGCCAAGAAAGAAAGAAGAAGGCGACCCUUAUUCGCUUGUCGAACAAAGACGACUUCAAACCUCAUUCGAUCAAUCGGACCCAGCUACUAAGGGUAUCAGCUUUCCAUUUUCGAGUCCUUUCGGAAUUACCAGAAGAAGGAAAUCUGUAUCGACUGUUAGCCGAAUACUCUUUGCGUUGCGAUUAGUGUUGGUUCAAGUAGCUCUUCUUUAAAGCGAAGAGGGCAACUGCACACUAACAUGUGUGAGGUGAGCUCCGCACUCACUGAGCGCGAAGAGGUCGAAGAGUGCGAAGAGCUACUCUUUUGAAAUCGAAGAACGCGCUCAGAGCCCUCAUUUUAUUCAAGAUUUCAUGAACAGAUCGUUUCCGGCGCAAGCGUCAUCGACGCCAUCUUGGCUUGUUAGAGGAUCAACGGGUCCUGCUUAACUGAUCCUUUGGAACGGGGUCUGACUACGAACAAGUAUUCCUAUAAUCGCAAUCAAUGUAGUUGCAAUUCUGAUCUUUGGAUCCUUGGUGGCAGGAGCUUUCAGCAUGAGGAAGAUUAGUACUUAUCCCCCCUUAAUCACAUCAGUUCCUGCGCUUACUUCGCCAUGAGCUCCGGGUAGAGUACGAGACAUAUGCUCUUGCGCGUUGAGCUCUACAUUUUCUUCGACCACCAAAUUCUUGUCACAGACCGUUCGAAGGCUCUUACUUGGCCACUGUGUAUGUAUAGGCAGCCACUACAAAACCAGACAGCAUCAAACCACACUCAGAGCAAUCGGAGAAUCGGUGUUUGUGGGGCAACAUUGUAAAGCAUUAAGAAGAGAUUUAUAUAUUUAUUGAUGGGGGGGGGGGGGGAGGAGGAGGGGGUAUAGUCGUGCCGUGAGGAACUACACUAGUGUGUCCCUGGCUGACGCCGAAAAGCUAUUCCAGCCAGCCACACCUCUAUUACCCUAUACUAAGCUGUGGUAAGUCGUAGCGAGCAACAGCGCAUCAGCACAAAUCAACACUAAAAGUAAAACACUUACUAAAACAAGAUUAAGCAUUACAACAUGAACCAAUACACGUAAGCAAAACCCGUCUGUCUGUCUGUAAACCCCCCCUUCCCCCGUAAAACAUUCGAUAGGGUAGUGUAGAAUAGCUAACAAAACAAAUCCGUAUCAGCCCGGCAGCGUCGAUUUAGAAGUCGUCCAAUGUCGUUGGCUGAGUUGCGUUACGGGGAGGAUCAAAAAGCAAAAGGCAAAGGAUAAAGUGCAAAUAGAUGUUGAUGAUGAUGGAGGGGAAACAAUUCCCAGAUAUGUUCCGUGCCCAGUUGUGGACAUGGGAAAGCGAAUGGAGAGCAAACCCGUUUGGCUGCAGGAGGAGGUUGCACUGGAGGAGAAAACAAAAACAUUCGCAUGUAAGUGAUUAGGUUUAGCCUACAUAUAUUAUACAAAAUGCAUACUAAAAUAGCUCGAUAGUGGCUAGUAUUUCCAUAUUGAACUCUGUACUGCGUUUACUAUUUGACUACCAACUGAAAGCAAGAAAAAAAGACAGCCACCCACAAACGAUGGAUUAUGGUUAAAUUAGUGAGUAAAGGAAGCAAAAGCAAAACCAAGAGCAAAAACCACACAGAAAUACACCAACCAACCAACCAACCAGCGCCCGUAAACCGUAGAGCAGAAAGCGAAAGCAAAAAAAUUAAAAACUAAACUAAUAACGACGGACGGACGGACAUUAUCUGCAAACUCGCUAGCAACUCGCUACAGAAAAGUCGGCCCACAACUACUACUGCAUACAACAGCUAACUACUAAAUCGGAUUUCUCAAUACUUUGCGCAAACCGUAACCCCGGGCCCCACGCAACCAGACAAGGCAGGCAGGCGAAGUGUAAGGGAGAAAGCAUUAGUUGUAGAAAGUAACCACAACACACCUGCAACAAAAGGAAAACAACUACACCCACAAAUCAAACCACAUACAAACAAACAGUUGAACAAGUUUAUCAUUAAAAGACUGCUGUGAUUUUAACGUAAUAAUGAAUAAAUGAUAUAGAAAAAGUA